AUGGCAAACGUGCUCAAGCGGAAAUCGUUGUCCGUAGAUGCCAAGGUGCAGAUCAUCAACGCAGUCGCCAAGGGUGAAAAGAUAAAGGACGUAGCUGCGAGGUUCGGAAUCCCGGCGAAUUCUUUGUCAACGAUCCUGAAGGGCAAAGAGAACAUCCUUGCAGCCGUCGCAGCGGGGACCAGCACCACGAGGAAGAGGCUGAAGGUUGCACAUUAUGACGACGUCGACAAAGCAACGUUCACCUGGUUCAUGGAGAUGCUUGCCUCGCGUGUUCCACUCACCGGUGCUAUCGUGCAACGUCAGGCUGUCAACUUCGCGAACAUGCUUGGCUGCGACGACUUCAAGGCCAGCAGCGGCUGGCUAGAGAAAUUCAAGAAAAGACACGCGAUUGUCUGCAGAGUUCUGUGUGGCGAAUCUCUUUCUGCCGACGUUGUUGGGGCUGCCACGUGGCAGGAAGAAGAACUGAAAGGAAUCCUGGAGAAAUACCAGCCUAAAGACAUCUACAACGCGGAUGAGACCGCCUUGUUUUACCAAAUGAUGCCUGGACGCACUCUGACCCUGAAGGGACGCUGUUGUGAAGGUGGGACUCAAAGUAAGCAACGGUUUUCCGUCCUUUUCUGUGUGAACAUGGACAGCAGCGACAAGCGGCUUCCCCUCGUAAUCGGACGGAGCCAGAACCCUUACUGCUUUCGAGGAAGGAGGGUCCCGGUGAUGUACGCCGCCAACCAAAAGGCGUGGAUGUCGCGAGCAAUUUUGAGUGAGUGGCUCCGGGACUUUGACCGCGAAAUGGAAAAGCAGGGCCGGCAUGUGUGCCUUCUGCUCGACAACUGCUCAGCGCACCAUGUCGACCUCCAUCUUACGAACGUGGAGCUGCGAUUUUUUCCACCGAACUGCACAUCGCUGAUCCAGCCACUGGAUCAAGGCAUUAUAAGGAGUGUUAAGUGCGCCUAUCGCGCACGUGUAGUGGACCGACGGCUGCUGGACAUUCGAUUCGGCAGAGAAUCGAAAGUGGACGCCAUCCAAGCCGUGGAGAUGCUUGCAGCGAGCUGGUCUGCAACCAAACGCGAGGUCAUCACAAACUGCUUCAGGAAGGCGGGGUUUGAGAGGACUGAUGAGGCAGAAGACACCCCAUGUGCUGACGUGGAGGAAGCUGAGCCCAGCGUUCUGGAAGACACUUCAGACGCGCUCGCUGUGCUCCAGCGAUGGGAAGAACUUCGAGAACAAGGUGGGGUGCCGGAUAAUGUUGCACUGGAGGACUUUUUGAACGCCGACUCAACGGCAGUAUGCACAGAGGAGCUUACUGAGGCCGACAUCGUCGCCGGUCUGCGUCAGGAUACACACGAGGACAGCGAGAGCGACACUGAAGAGGACAUAUGUGUGCCAUCUGUUAGGGAGGUGCUCGACUCUAUUGACGUGCUUCGACGAUACGCGGCAUUGAACAAGGACCAGGAGGGCGCUCUGGCAGCGCUGGCAAGCUAUGAACGGUCUGUGACACCGACGUUCUUCAAGACCGUGCAAAAGCGAGUAACUGACUAUUUCUGUGCCAAAUAA